UUAACGGUUAAAACGGUGUGUUUUCAUGCAAAUUUCAGUUCAGACUUCAGAGGCAGCAAGAGAAUUUGCGAGCUUGAAAACCAGAGAAACUCUGCUCUAAACCCUACUCUCACUCCGGUCUUCAACAAUGAAAUUCCUAAUUCAAUCGCUUUUUGGUCACCGGCGGCCACUGCUUCGGGAGUUGGGUCGCCGCUAUUUCUCUGUCUCCUCCGAAGACUACGCCAAGAGGAACUACGCCAAUAAUGUUUCAGAGUACAAUACUGUUGUUAGCUCUCUCACUGCUCAGCGCAGGUAUUUUCUAUUGAGGGAUGUGUACGAUGAUAUGAUGAUUGACGGAGUGCAGCCUACUCGGGAUACAUUCCAUUCUUUGAUAGUUGGGACCAUGAAAGGCGCUCGCUUGCAGGACACCUUUUUCUUCAGAGACCAAAUGAAAGCUAUGGGUUUGGUUCCUGAUGUAACCUUAUACAACUUUUUAAUCUCAACCUGUGGGAAGUGCAGGAAUUCUGACCAGGCAGUGCAGAUUUUGGAAGAAAUGAAGAAAUAUGAAGUGAAGCCAAAUGGACAAACCUAUGUAUGCCUACUUAAUGCAUGUGCAGCAGCUGGUCGACUAGAACGAGUGUAUGCAAUUGUUCGGGAUAUGACUGCAGCUGGUGCUGACUUGAACAAGUUCUGCUAUGCGGGACUGAUCACUGCACAUAUUAACAAGAUUCCAGUAUCAGAUGAUACAGCCACCAAAAUAAUUGAGUUUGUUGAGCGGUCAAAGGGAUGGUCAUCAGUUGACCCAACACGUUACAAUGCUGAAAAUGUGAUGAUGGGUGUUUCUGAAGAGGAAUUGUACAGUUUACCUACUGCUGAUUAUGUUCAUAGGCGUGGAGGAUUUUUGAAUAGACAACUAACUGUUUAUCAUGUUGCACUUCAUGCUUGUGCAGAACUUAAGAAUGUUGAGGCAAUGGAAACGAUAUUAGAAAUGCUCAAGAAGGAUGGAAAGUCUCCAGAUGUGUUCAUUGUGAUGCAAACAAUGAGGUGCUAUCUACGUUCUGGAGACAUUGAUAGUGGUCUUAGAACUUUUGAAGACUACAUGAAUUCUGGGAAGCCUCCCAUGGUUGAGCUAUACACAACGCUUGUAGAAGGAGCCAUGGUAGGGUAUACUCCCAAGGGAAUGCAACUUGCUCAAGACACACUGGUAAAUAUGAAUUCUAGAAACUUUUUCUUGAGUCCAAAACAAGGAAGCGAGCUCCUCCUUGUAGCAGCUGGUGAAAAGACUGGUGGAUAUACAACUGCUAAUUUUAUAUGGGACCUGAUGCAAGCUCGUAAAAUAACCCCAUCAUUUCCAGCCGUGGAAGCAUACUACAAGGGUCUAAAAGGACGCGAGAUACCUGAAGAUGAUCCACGACUGUUAUUAGUGUCUCGUACCUACGACAACAUUCGUCCGAGAUAUGGAGGUGGCGCAGCCGGCCGGCAGUAAUUCUUUGAUACAGAACAUAAUUUUGUUGUAUCAAAGCAAAGACCUUUGAAGUUCAAAUAUAACUUCAAAGAGAUUUUGAUGUUCCAUAGUCGGUUGAUUGAUGCUAUUCCAUUAAUUAAAUAAUUGAAUCUUCUUUCCCUUAAAAAGAGAAAAACUCGAAUUUUCUUGCCCCA